UUUAUUUAGAGAUGUCAAAAUGGCAGCUGCCAUGUGAAAACGGAAAACGUCAAACCAGACAAUCCAUUAAUUUGACCAUUUAAGGCUCAACAAGCUGAUUAAACAACCAUGGGUGUGCUAGAUAAAAUCGCAGACAUCGAGAGAGAGAUCUCGAAGACUCAAAAAAAUAAAGCAACUGAGUACCACCUGGGUCUUCUAAAAGCCAAGCUAGCCAAGUACCGGCAGCAGCUGCUAGAACCUACUGGGAAAGCUGGAGCAAAGGGUGAAGGCUUUGAUGUUAUGAAAUCUGGCGAUGCCCGGGUGGCACUGAUAGGAUUUCCAUCUGUUGGCAAGUCAACAUUACUUAAUACCUUGACAAAGACCCACAGUGAGAGUGCUAACUAUGAAUUCACGACACUCACCUGUAUUCCAGGGGUUAUCGAGCACAACGGUGCCAACAUUCAGCUUCUGGAUCUGCCUGGAAUCAUUGAAGGGGCUGCUAAAGGUAAGGGUAGAGGACGUCAGGUGAUAGCCGUGGCCCGCACUGCGGAUCUUGUCAUCAUGAUGCUGGAUGCCACUAAGAAGGAUGUCCAAAAGGAACUGUUAACAGCUGAAUUGGAAAGUGUAGGAAUCAGACUGAACAGAAGGAGACCUAAUAUUUAUUAUAAGCCUAAGAAGGGUGGUGGGGUUUCGUUCAACUCCACACUCCCUUUAACAAAGACCAGCGAGAAAAUGAUUCAGCUAAUCUUGCAUGAAUACAAAAUCUUUAAUGCGGAGGUUUUAUUCCGGGAUGAUUGCACAACCGAGGAGUUUAUUGAUGUUCUGGUUGAGGGCAGAAUCUACAUGCCUUGUCUAUAUGUGUACAACAAGAUCGAUCAGAUCUCGAUCGAGGAAGUGGACCGCCUGGCUCGCCAGCCUGACUCCGUCGUCUGCAGUUGCAAUAUGAAGCUGAACCUUGAUUACCUACUGGACACAGUGUGGCUGUGCCUGGCGCUGGUCCGCGUCUUCACCAAGAAGAGAGGAGAACCUCCAGAUUUUGAGGGGGGUCUGAUCUUACGAAGUGGCUGUACAGUGGAACAUGUGUGUCAUGCCAUUCACAGGACGCUAGUGGCAAAUUUCAAGUAUGCUUUGGUUUGGGGACAGAGUGUUAAGUUCAGUCCUCAGAGAGUUGGAUUACAGCAUACCAUGUGUCACGAUGAUGUCAUACAAGUUGUGAAAAAGUAGACAGUUCAUUUGUGCUUCGUGAUCUAUGUUUUAUAGUAAAUUGUUAAUAAAUAUAUUAUGACCAG